AUGAGCGACGCCAGCGAGAUCGCCUCCUAUUCGCACGACGAGGGGCUGAUUGACGCCUUCCGAGACAGUCUCCGCGAUGGAAAUGUGUGUGCCAAGCUGCACGGAGCGCGAGGGGAGCCGACGAACGGCGACUUGAAACUGCUGGAGGAUAAAGUGACGCUGGUCUGGCAGCCCAAGGCGUUGCCGCUGCAGAGCUACAUGCCGCCGUCUCUACUGGCCAAGAUGGUGAUGAACAGCGUCAGUGUCGUCAUCACAGACGCUAAAAGUGUGCGAACGGGGCGUCAGACCACCAACUUUGUCCGCACGAUCAAGUAUUUAACGGCUGAUGAACUCCCAGAGAGCGACGAGAGGUGCUUAUCGCUGUUGGAGACCUUUGAUUUAGAAUUCCAAGACGAGCACACGCGCGAUAUUGCGCGUGCUUUCUUCCGACAACAAGCGGGACUGGAAGACGAAUCGAGCCCCGAGUCGGAAGAUUCUGUCACGUUCAGUGACAUUCAGCUUCCGACGGGGCUGCCAACUCGCUGCUACCAGGCCAUCGCGCAUCCGUCUUUCGAGUUGGCGGUGCUGGUGGCUGUGGUGGGCAGCAUGACGUCGGUGGGAUGGCGGUCGUUCCGGUACGUGACGAACAUCAAAGACGACGACGAAAUCGCCGAGGUGGCGAGGUUCGGGAUGACCGUCUUGGAGUACUUGCUGCUGGUGUUCCUCACCAUUGAGCAGAUUUGCAAAGGUGUUGGCCUUGAGGGGAUAAUGCCGCUGCUGCGGAGCAAGUGGGACGCGUUUGACCUCUUCGCCGUGACGAUCAGCUGGCUCGCAGUGCUGCCCUUCUCGUCACUUGCAGGGUUCAACCUCUUGUCGCUGCGUGUGUUCCGAGGGAUGAGGAUCUUCAAGCGCUGGAAAAGUUUCCAAGAGACGAUGGAGACGUUCCUCGUCUCGUUACCCAUGGCGGGAAAUGCGGUGCUGUGCUAUUGCUACUACCUGUUCCUGUUCGCGAUCUUGGGCAUGUAUCUUUUCAACGAUUCACUCUCUCAUCGCUGUGCGAUUCAAGCGGAUUCGGACAUCUUUAUCGCCCCAAUGGCUGCUGGAGAGUCUAGUAAAACGUACGUGGCUGAAACUCCAGUCCAUUUCUGCCGGAUGGACGACACUGCGUCGAGUUGCAAGUCCAAUAUGGAGUGCGUAGCCAUGCCACCGCCGGACAGAGGGUAUACCGGCUUCCACUCGUUCGAAGCGUCCUUCCUCACCGUAUUUUUGAUAACGCUGCGCUCGGGGUUUGGACCAUCACUAGACGGAGCUCAGCAGGCCUCGUCAUAUCUCUCCAUCAUCUACUUCAUCGGGCUUGUGGUGUUUGUGAGCUACAUGAUCCUGUCCUUGUUCGUAGGAAUCGUUCGUGGCAGCUACAUCACUGUGUCGAUCGUGCGCGCUGCGAAACACGCGGAGGCGGAGAAACGAAUGGAGAAAUACCUCAAGAAGGCUCGAGUGCAGUUCCCCAAAGGGACGGAAGCUUUCCCAGACGUGAUGCAAGUGGUUGAUGCGCAGUGGCAAGUGUACCGAGCACGGUUCAAGGAGUGGUUACUGCAGUCUCCUCUCUUUACAAGGUCCGACGGCACGUUUUUAAGCUGGUGCAGGCUGCGUCAAGAGCGGAUAUUUUUCCUUAUCGAGCCUGGGAGCUCCACCAUGGACAAAAUUUCGUCCAUUGCCGAGUCGUUGGCGUUCGAGCACUUGAUGAACCUCGUGGUCUUCUUCAAUUCUGUAUUGUUCGCGCUGGAAUAUCACGGAAUGAGCGAGAGCUACGCGGCUCGGCUGUACCUGAUCGAGAACUUCCUUAUGCUUGUGUAUGGCACUGAAUUUAUUAUCAUCGCAGCCGCUGCUGGUGGACUUUUCAGUUACUUGCAGAACCCGUGGAACCGAUUGGACUUUGUGCUGCUCGUGAUCGCGUGCGUCGAGUUCCUUCUACUCACGUGCUCCGUUCUCCUCUAUACGGACAGCUACGCGCGCGGGAUCUUCGUGCUGCGGUUGUUUCGCCUAGUGAGGCCGUUCAGAGUCGUGCGUCAGAACAACAAGCUGCUGCUGGUACUGGACGCGAUUCUGUCGAGUGUUCCCGCGUUCUUGAGCUCCAUUGCGUUCCAUCUGCUGCUCAACAGCGUGUUCGCUGUAGUCGGCAUGAAUCUGUUCGGAGGCAACUUCCCGCUCACGAUGCAGUCACACUUUAACACGUUCAGUGACAGCAUGCUCACGCUGUUCAAGUUCUCGAAUGGUGGCAGCAUUUGGCCCAUCUUCCACGCUUCGCUUCAGGCGAGUUCGUUUGGAGUCGCGCUGCUGUACUACCUCGCGUACGUUGUGCUGUGUCGAUUCAUUGCUCUCAACUUUAUGCUGGUUGUACUACUCCGCAACUUUGCGAUGAAAGGGGACGAACGCAGGAAAACACUGAGCGAGUUGUUCCAAGACCGAAUGUUCGCCAUGCAGCGGAUUCAUCUCUUCGACAUGUACACUUUCGUCGAGGAGUUUAGCAACCUGUACCAGGGGGAUAUCAUGAACGUCAGCUUGCCAGGAAGCGCGAAAAAGCGCGCUCAGCGAGCUCUCUCGGCUUCGGAGGCGUUCAAGGCGCGGUUGUUCAAUGUCCUGCCAACGUCCGACUUCUUAAAGCUCAAAGGGUACUACGGGACGACGAAGACCCAGCAGGACCGCAAGUACUUUCAACUCGAGCCCCCCACUCCAGCCCAAGGAAAACAGAAGAACCAAGCGAGUGUAGCUCCGAUCGAAGAU